AUGCUGGGCCACCUGAGCCACGACGAGUUUUUCGGCAAGUUGGCCGACCUUUUUGAGCAGCGCAAAGGGAAAGGCCAUGGCUCGAUCUUUCUCGUCCAAAAGCGAUUGUCAUACGAGCAAGGCCUGCCUUCACUGACGACUGACGAACCGUUUCCCGAUCUCCGUCCCGCGGAACCGCUGCCCGUCAUCGUGCGCGCAACCAACGGCAAGUCAAAGAAACACAGGGAUACCAAGGUCAAACUAUCAACUAUAGUUGAGCCUGAUGCUUUGGAGGCUUUCUAUGCUCGAUAUGCCGACAUCUGCAAGGCGGGAAUGGCGGCGCUGAAGCCGAGAGACCGGAGCAAGAAAAAGGCCAAGGCCAGGAAGAAAAAGGGAGGGGCUGUUACGGCACCUACUGCGCCCUAA